AUGAAGGAGGGGAAAGAGGGGAGGGACGGCGUUGGAUAUAACCUAAAGAAAGAAGGGGAGCAGAAAGAAAAGGAGAACGGAGACAUGGAAGAAAAUAAUGAGAGGUUAUUAGUAGAGACACCUAGGAUAGGACAGGGAAGAAGAGGCAGGAAACCGAAGGCUGGUAAGGUAGAGGCAACGAGUACGGCGACGGAGAAGACAACAAGACGACUGGAUGACUACUGGGGGAACGGAGAAGGGAAGGCGGUCGAAGGAGAGAACGCGACUGAAGCAGAGAAUAGAACGGAAACAGUAGAGAGGAGAGACUCAGAUGGCAAAGCAGAAGAGGAAAAUGACGAGAUAACGUCCAACAUGGAAAGAAUAGAGGAGAAAGAGACGCUCGGGACUAAAAGUCACCUGAAGAGAACCCCAGUAACAAGGAAAGAGAGAGAGAAUGAGAAUUUGGUGUCAGAGGAACAGGAAAAGGGAGCCUUGGAAGAAACAGCGCAGGAACCAGGUGGAGGUAAAAUUAGAAAAGGCAGUAAAGGAAGAGAAGCAAGGGCAGGCAGUGGAGAAGCAGGGGAAGGCAGCGGAGAAGCAGGGGAAGGCAGUGAAUACGAGAGCACAGAGGAAAGGGUCUCAGAAGCAGAUAUUAACGAGGAAGUGUGGACUCAGGAAAGCAUGAAGAGCUGGCUAAAAAAAUGGGAGGAAAAACAGAAGGAGGAAUGGGAAGCAAGGAUGUCAGAUCUGGAAGGGUUAAUGAGAACGGAGCUAAAGAGAGUCCUCAGCACGGAGUUGAGGUAUGUACUCAGGAAGGAACUAGUGGCAGAAACGGGAACGAGGAACACAGAGGGAAGGGAACCGGGUGGAGAGGGAUGGAGAUGUGAAGACUGCGAGAGACGGAGGGAGAGGAGAACAGAGGAGUCAGGACCAAGGCAGGGGAAUUUCAGGCAAACGUGGUGGAAGGAUUGGGGAGAAAGUAAUUACGAAAGAGUUGAGCAGGUGGGAAAGGAAAAAGACAGGGCUGAGUUUCAGACGAGAAAAAAGGAUAAUGAGGAGCAAAAAAAGACAAGGAAAAGAAGCAACGAAGAGAGAAUUCUAGAAGGCAGACAGGAGACCACACAAAGCCCAGAGAUAAACACAAGCGGUAGAAAGUCGACAGAUAGCGGAACUGAGGGGUGGGGGGAAGGGGAAGGACCACAAGAGACCCAGGAAAAGAUGGAGGAACCCCCUAGAUGGAGAGAGAAGACAGGAACAAGAAGGGAAAGCAGUAGUGGCAGCGAGAGUGUAAGUAGUGGAGGAAAAGGAAACAGAAACAGUGAAGGCGGGAAAAGAGAGUAG